ACUGCUGAGGAGCAAAGUUCCUUCAAGUAUUCGGAAUUAUCCCGAAUGGUCUUAGAAAAAUCGCUUAGGCUUUCGAUUUUCCCAGUACGAUUGGAAUGUCCAGGCCCGGAAAAUGCAGUUGAACGCGGCGACAUCCAAGUAUCAUACCGAAAAUCUCGAGCCAUUGUUCCAUGAACUCGAAAACAUCUCUGUGUCCUCCGAAUUCCAGGCCAGUAUCUUUCUUGUUAAGAGCAAUGCGGUAUGCCGCCUGGUCGCUAACACCUACCAGUCACUGAUGCGACGAGGUCUCCGUAUGAAUGAUCAACGGAUGUUCUCAACUUUCCUCGAGUAUCGAGAGAACUUGAAAGCUGGCCUGGCCCCGAUGCUCUCGGAGCUCAGGUCGACGACGAAGUGGAGUUCAUCUGCACCAAGUGGACUUCUACACCUCGAGGGUGUCAGGGAAUCAUGUCAAAUUCGCCUUGUACCAGGCAUUGUUAUCGACCCUGAUGACCCCCACAACGGCUCUGGUCUUCUGACCGUGAAUAUCACGCAUUCCGGAGUCCUGGAUCACGCGAUGUCCGUGUACAAGACGCUGGAUGUGGCGGAUGUGCAGCAGUUUGAGUAUCAUGAACAAGGAAAGCGCGGAGAAGACUGUUUAUCGGAUUUCCGACACACCGUAAUCAAAGAGUGCGACAUAGUGCUUAUACAACUUCAAUGCAUCUCAGAACAUCCGAGAGAGAACCUCACAGGCAUGUAGCUCAGUAAAAGUCCUAUAUUGUUAUCAAAUUUCGACAUAUUCCAGUACCCCAAGCUAUUGAAGCAGCCAUCGCCAUCAGCCCUACACCUAAACCAGCG